CGGACGCCGGAGGAGAGCCGGCGGCUUGGAGCCGGGUGCGGAGCUCUUUGGCUGCGGCGCCUGUGAAUGAAGGAAAUAACUAAAAAUGACCAGUAGAAGACUCGAGGAGUCUAUGGGGGCCGUUCAGAUGGGGUUAGUCAGAAUGCUGAAAGGAUUCCAAAGCAAGGUUCUACCACCCUUGAGUCCAAGGGUCGUUACAAAAGAAGAAGCAAAUCGAAUGUUGACACCCUCGGAGUUCCUGAAGGAAAUGUCCCUCACCACAGAGCAGAGACUGGCUAAUACGCGGUUGAUGUGCCGACCACAGAUCAUCGAACUUUUAGAUAUGGGGGAAACAACGCAUCAAAAGAUUCCAAGGAUGGUCAAAGUUGUUGAGGAAAGUUCACCUUACUUUAAAGUCAUCAGCCCCAAAGAUUCUGGCCACAAAGUCGCUCCAGGAGUGCCAUCCAUAUUCCGAAUCCUCUUCACUCCAGAGGAGAACAAGGAUUAUGCCCAUAUGUUGACCUGUAUAACUGAAAGAGAAAAGUUCAUUGUACCCAUCAAAGCUAGAGGUGCACGAGCCAUCCUAGAUUUUCCUGACAUGCUGGAUUUUUCCACUUGCCCUGUCAAAUACAGCACUCAGAAGAUUCUGCUGGUACGAAACAUUGGCAACAAAGAUGCUGUGUUUCACAUGAAAACUCAUAGGCCUUUCUCUGUGGAGUCACCUGCCGGAACCCUUAACGUGGGGGAGUCCAUGCAACUGGAGGUGGAGUUUGAGCCACAGACUGUGGGCAGCCACAGCGAAAGACUUACCGUGCAUUACGACACAGGUGAAAAAGUCUUUUUAUCUCUGUAUGGAGCUGCCAUAGACAUGAAUAUAAGGCUGGACAGGAAUUCCUUGAUCAUUGAGAAAACCUACAUAUCUCUGUCCAAUCAACGAACUGUAACUAUUCACAACCGCAGUAACAUCAUUGCCCAUUUCCAGUGGAAGAUAUUUGCUACCCAGGAAGAGGAAGACAGAGAAAAGUAUAGGGUCUGUGAUGAUCUGAGCAAAAAGGAAAAGAAUGAGACCGAUGAGCUUCUUGAAGAGUGCAUUAUUGAUCCUUCCCUCCGAGAACAACUUUCCAUUCUCUCCCGCACCUUUGAGAAUCAGAGGAGGCUGGUUCAGGCAAACAGCAUGCUCUUCUUGAGUAACAUUUUCACUAUUGAGCCCCUGGCAAUACUAUCCAACAAAGGCAGCAUUGAUGCCCUCUUCAACGUGAUCCCUCCAACUUCGGCUUUGGGGGCCUGCUUUGUUUUCAGCCCCAGGGAAGGCAUCAUCGAACCAAAUGGAGUCCAGGCGGUCCAGAUCUCUUUCAGUUCUGCCAUUUUGGGGCACUUUGAAGAAGUGUUCCUGGUCAAUGUCAAUGGGUCCCCUGAGCCUGUGAAAUUGACCAUUAGAGGCUGUGUCAUUGGACCUACCUUCCAUUUUAAUGUUCCUGCUCUGCACUUUGGUGAUGUUUCCUUUGGCUUCCCUCAUACCUUGAUGUGUUCCCUCAAUAAUACCUCCUUGGUCCCCAUGACCUUCCAACUGCGUGUCCCUGGGGAUGGCGAUGGCCAUAAAAGCAUCUCAAGUUGCAAUCAGUAUUCAGACUACAAAAGAUCAUCUUGGAGCAAGGAUGAAAUACCCAUAAUGAAACCAAAAGAAUUCACCAUCACUCCCAGCAGUGGCACCAUCCGCCCCCAGGGAUUUGCCGCUAUCAGGGUGACCUUGUGCUCCAACACUGUGCAGAAAUAUGAGCUGGCGCUGGUGGUGGACGUGGAGGGCGUCGGGGAAGAAGUGCUGGCGCUCCUAAUUACCGCGAGGUAUCACACUCACCUGCUUUCUCUCUUCCCCAGCGUCCCCUGGGCCGCCAGUAACGGGCUGCGUCUCCUAGAGGCAGCAUGCCUGCAGUCAGUUCCCACUGCAUUUGUUCUGCUUUCCUGGGAAGGGAAGCUGAAUCUGAUAUUCAAACGACAAAGCUUUGGAACAGCCAACGGCACCUUUGGUGGAGAUUAG